AUUAUUCUUGCACGACAAUGACAUUUCUCAUUUUUGUGCACAACUACUUUUUUUUAUUUUGAAAGUGCAGUAUAGUGAGAAUGAUCUUUUUUUAUAUAUAUACAAGCUUUUAUUGCACAAUUAAACUAUUAUACAGUGGACACAUUCUUGGUUCCUUUUGUGCACAAUGAGAUAUUGUUUGAACAAAAAAUAGGUAAGAUUUGUUCCGUCUUUCAUCGAUAUAAAUUGAUCAUUUAAAUAUUAAUUUGACACAGGGCUAGUAGAUUAAUUUGUAGGCCCCUGUGUAGAACCGCCACUGUCCAUGAGAAGGUAAAUCUUUGAGCUGUCUUCUAUUUUUUGACUGAUUUUCACACUGAUGUGUUGUUUAUGUGCAUGGGUGCAGACGGUUGUACAUGCACAUAAACGUGUCUGUAUGUUUGCGUCCAGGGCGGCUCACAGCCCAGUGAACGGGACCACAGCCAUCCCAUGGAGGAGCAGCAGGAGGAGGCUGUCCCUGCUGGAGCAGCUGAGAGGCUGCCAGGAGGCCUGGUGCCCCGGGGCCCCCUGGGAUAGAGAGGGGGCCCAUGCUGCUCUCUGUGGAACACCUGCUGGGAGUUUCCUGGUUGUGCGGGACUCUGCUACGUCUCAGCCCGGCCUGCUGUGUGUGUCCACUGGAGCAGAGAAUGAAACAGUUGUUGAUCAUAUUAUCAAAAGCACAGGCACAGUCUUCCAGCUGUCAGAGUCUCGUCUGUCUUUCAAUGAUCUAGCUCAGCUCGUGCUCUUCUACUCGCUGACCAGGGAUGUCUUGGCUGUCUGUCUGUCCAUUCCUUGCUGGAUCUACAGUGUAACUGAGAAGACCAAAGAUCGUCUUUCUCAACUUGAACCUGAAACUUGGCUCUCCACACCGACGGAUCAACAGACUGCUGAGAUGACCCAGACAGAGCCCAGCAACGUGAUGUGCUCCAUACAGCUGACGUCCACCAACGGCGCCCUCUGCAUCAUCAACCCUCUCUACCUGCGUGACCAUGGCGACGAAUGGUUGACCCACAGGCCGACUGCUGUGCAGGGCGCCACGGUGCCGUCAAAUUACAGGCGAGAUCGACGCCUCAGCACCACCAGGACGUGGGCGGGGGCGGGGCUACAAAGCAAACGAGCCAUCUCAUUGGACCAGGAACCCUCUGAUGCCAGUACGGAGAGCCCUGGUCUAAUCCGAGCCCAGUCAGCUGAUUUAUCACAUUGCCCCCCGACCCCGUCGACCCCAGCUGCUCCAGCAGGAGUCGUUCUCCGGAGGCCCAGCAGAGAUUAUGUCUCCCCCGCCCCUCAGAGAGACAGCAUGGACAGCCUUCCUCACUCCUCUUCCUCCACCUCUGGAGGUUCGAAUAGAUCCUCGUUCGAGCUGCAGCCCCACGGCAGCCCGGUGCCCUCGUCUCCUCACCGGGUGUCGUGGAUCGAAGACGGCGUCUGGCUGCCGCCGCCCAGGCCUUCUUCUCUGCUCAACCUCCCGUCGCUGGAGCUGGACUCGCUGUCAAUCAGCAGCAUAGAGGAGGAGCAGGAGUCCCAGAUGUUUAACCUCUCCUCGCACUGCCAGCCCGCUCAACGAUUGGCCGACAAGGUCAUCCAUCGUCUGUCGGCGGUGGGCCAGGCUCUCGGCGGGCUGGUGAGUCAGAAGAAGAGAUUGACCAACCGCGUGCAGGAGCUGAGCGAACGGAAAGGGGCGGCGUUCGCAGAGGCUGUGAAAGGAUUUGUGGAGAUGACGCUGAAGAAAGGGUCCGAUCCCAGCUGGGUCACAGGGUCGGAGUUCCUACAGGAAGUGAGGUCAUCACUGACAUCACUGAGGGAGACACUGUUGGACUAUCCAGAAAUCCAGGCUUUGUUGGACAGCAUCACUGAUUUAAAUGACUCGGAGAUCGACUCCCUGGUAGAGCUUUCCCUCCACAAGGUGGCGCUGAAGCCCGUCUCCUGUCACCUCUACUCCUGCAUUCAAGUCGCCCGGACCAACGACGGCACCUUCGAGCGUCUGCAGAGCAACCUGCGUGUGCUGGAGAAGAACGAGGUGGAGGAGCUGGGGGGGUCUUCUGGAGUCGGAGUUCCUGACUCUGUCGCCAUGGAACGGAUCCAGCAGAGGUGGACUAGCAUGCACGAGGCCUACUCCCCAAACAAGAAGGUCCAGAUCCUCCUCAAAGUCUGCAAGAGCAUCUAUCACAGCAUGAGUGCUAACGCCAGCUCAGGUAGCACAGUGUUUGGGGCAGAUGACUUCCUGCCCUGUCUGACGUGGGUGCUGCUCCGGAGUGACGUGGUCACCUUACACCUGGACACAGACUACAUGAUGGAGCUGCUGGACCCCACACAGCUACAGGGAGAGGGUGGUUACUACCUUACGACUCUAUACGCCUCUCUUUACUACAUCAGCAGCUUCAGGCCGCGGCUGGCCGCCCGGCAGCUGAGUGUUGAAGCCCAACACUCUCUGAACCAAUGGCAUCGCAGGCGCACCCUGCACUGCAACCAAUCACGGCGCAGCAAGAACCGCCGGACCAUUCGCAGGCAGGUCAAAGGUGUGAAAAACUCUGAGAGAGACACUGAGACAAAAGAGGAGAGUGGGAAAGAAUGUGAUUCUGUUAAUGAUGAGAAAGAGUCACAGCAGCUAAGAGAAAUUCCAGAGACAGAGACGAGCAUCGGACAAUCACAGAUAUCCACUGAGUGUAAUGAGGAAGAAGCCAUAGGCAGCCAACAGGAAGAUGGACACUCUGAAGAAGAGGACCAAUGGAGUCAUGGAGAGAAGAGGAAUAAACCUGAGAUGCAAGAAUGACAAAAUUCUUUAACCAUUUUGAGAAGAUUAAGUCGGGUCAACCCGUCCCAAAAGCUGCAACAUAAACCAGCAGCAUGUUGUCCUGUUCCCUUAUUUAUAGAAGCCAAAGAAAGCAGGACUCCUACACUAAACAUACACAUAGAUAGUUUGACUUUUUCAAACUUUUCACACUCUUAUAUGUUUUACC